UAUUGUUUUUUUUCCUCUUUCUUUCAUCCAGAUAAAGAAGAGACAACAAGAUGUAGUGAGGUUUCUGGAAGCCAAUCGCAUAGAGUUUGAAGAAGUGGAUAUCACAAUGUCAGAGGAGAAAAGACAAUGGAUGUAUAAAAAUAUUCCUGAGGAUAGGCAGCCUGCGCAAGGCAAUCCACUGCCACCGCAGAUAUUCAGUGAUGAUCGGUACUGUGGAGAUUAUGAUGGUUUUUUUGAAUCAAAGGAGAGCAACACUGUCUUCUCCUUUCUUGGACUGAAACCUACUUUGGCAUCAAAGGAGUCAGAACCCUAGAAAGCCUAUCUGAAGUAUUGACAAGCCCAUUGCCUGGAUGAAUGACCCAAUUCUUCUAGCACACCACAGCUUCCCUAAUGGAUCACUGUGAUACACCAAACACGCAUCAUUAGUCGUGGUCUGCUUGCCAUGAGACGGUGCUCUCCAGUAGUGUGGAGUUAAUAACACAUAUAUGAAACAGGAUUAAGGCCGGGCUACUCAUCUUCCCUUUUAAAAAUACUCAUCGUUGAUGUUUCACUUUUGUCUUUGGAUAGCUUUUGCAACUGGCACUGAUAUUCUAACAGACAUGUAUGUUUAAGAAUUAGGAGUGGAAGUACAGGGCUGCUGU